AUCAACGUAAACAUUCGCGUAGUCGGCAACCGCCAACUCUUUUAAGUGCCAACCGAGUACCGACCAUUGCCAAUUGCCACAUUCACUUUUGUGAGUUUUUUACGAAUUACGAGCUGUGCCCGCGUUUACAUAGACAAUAUACGGUUUUAUGUUCAUUUUUACCGAUCAGUUCGUGAAAUUCUCUUAACGUUUGUGUUUUGAAUAUUUUCGUCUGACUUUCCUCUUGUGCCGGACAAUGUCUCCUCCACAGAAUUGUCGGUAUUUCGAGUUUCGACGAAUGGUCCAAGAGAGAUCUAUAGUCAGACUUCAGUAAGCUAAAAAUACUGCGAGUCAAGUACAUAUUUAAUGACCGAACAAAAAGAAGAAGUUGAUCUAGAAAUACAAGUAGAGACUAUGCAAACCAGUCACAGUCGCAAAUCUAGCUUGAAAGUGAUCACUUUGGUGACGCUCACCCUUCAAAAUGCCAUGGUUGCACUCAGCAUGCGCUAUGCGCGAACUCGGCCUGGAGAUAUGUUCAUAUCGUCGACGGCUGUCGUCAUGGCUGAGGUUUUCAAGCUCUCCGUUUGUUUGGUACUAGUAUAUCACACAGAGUCUAUCUCCUGGAAACAUUUUGUAUCGUUACUAAAUAAUACAAUUAUUAAACAACCAAUGGACACACUGAAAGUUUGUAUACCAUCUUUAGUAUAUCUGAUACAAAAUAAUUUACUGUAUGUCUCCACUUCAAACUUGGACGCAGCUACUUAUCAAGUCACAUAUCAACUUAAAAUAUUUACAACAGCCGUUUUUUCAGUGUUGAUUUUGAAACGUAAACUAUUACGACACCAAUGGAUUGCGUUAAUAAUUUUGAUUCUAGGUGUCGUUCUUGUUCAAUUGAAUAAUUCAACUGACAAAUCUCAAAAAACUUACCCUGAUCAAAAUCGAAUAGUUGGAUUAGUUGCAGCGCUCAUUGCAUGUUGCUUGUCUGGAUUUGCUGGAGUUUAUUUUGAAAAAAUACUAAAAGGAGCUGAAAUAUCAAUAUGGAUGCGAAAUAUCCAAUUAAGUUUUGUUUCUAUCCCACUGGGUUUUGUAAUGUGCUUUGUUACAGACUGGAACAAUAUCAAUGACAAAGGCUUUUUUUUCGGUUAUGACCUUUACAUAGCCUAUUUGAUAAGCUUACAAGCAGCUGGAGGACUUAUUGUAGCUAUGGUUGUAAAAUAUGCUGAUAAUAUAUUAAAAGGAUUUGCUACUUCUUUAGCAAUUGUUGUAGCGUGUGUUUUCUCGAUGUAUUUCUUUGAUUUCACAAUUAGUAUUCAGUUUGUUGUAGGUACAAUGCUUGUAAUGUGUUCAAUAUUUUUAUAUAGUUAUACCAAGCAAAAAAAAUCUCCAAAUCUAAAUACCACGCAAAGAGCAUAAAACUGUAUAUUAAAAUUAUGAUAGUGUGUUUUUUGUGCAAGUAACUUAAAACUGUGAGAAAAUUAAUUUUUUAUAAUAAUGUGUUUGUGUAUAUUAUAAAAUAAACAUCGACAGUUUUUUUUAUUAAAUUU